AGUAGGCAAAAAGAACAGAAUUUGAAUUGGUUCUUCCAAAAAACUGUGAAGAUAAAGGGAAAAUCUAUAUUUACGGCUUUUUGCAUUAAAGCCUUCUUCAGUUUCAUAAUAAUUAUUUGCUGGGUAAAGGCUGUCAUUCUUCAUAAAUAACUCAUAUCCAGUUUAUCCGCCAGUAUACUGUCAGAGCUAUUCCAGGGGAAAGGUAGUUUGUGAAAAAUGAAGAAAAGUGUGAACCAGAACGCAGUGUUGCAUAAGUAAUACUCUUGGCCGCAGCGUUUGUCAAAUUCAAGUACAAGAUGAUACUGAAACCAGGGAUGUCUUGCGUUGCGAGGUUUACUGCUAACCAGUUCCAAAAUACUGAAUGUUGGCGAACAAUUUCAACAAGCACAAGAGCAUGUUUCCCUGCUAUUAUAUUCGAUAGAAAGGCAAAAGAGCAUCACAGAAACACUGCCGGACAGAGACUGGAUUCAUCACUUUACGACUAUGUCAAGGAAGAGGUUGGCUGGAGAGUUGCAGAUCGGGUAUUCGACAUCAAGCGCCAGUUCGGCACAGUGUUGGAUCUUGGAUGCGGAAAAGGAUAUGUACUCAAACACUUUGACAAGGACAUGGUGAAGAAGGUGGUGGCCUGCGAAAUGUCCUCGUCUCUGCUGGCUGCCGCCCAGUGCCUAGAGGACGUCUCAUUGCAAAAAAUCAACUUCGAUGAAGAGGAGCUUCAGUUGGAGGACUCCAGCGUGGAUCUGGUCACCAGCAGUCUGAGUCUGCACUGGGUGAACGACCUGCCGGGCUGUUUCGGGCGCGUACUGGCGUGCCUGCGGCCGGACAGCGCGUUCGUGGGUGCCAUGCUGGGCGGCGACACUCUGUACCAGCUGCGCUGCGCCCUGCAGCUGGCCAGCCUAGAGCGAGACGGGGGUAUCGGCGUGCACGUGUCGCCGUUCGUGAAGCCGCAGGACGUCGUCGGACUCCUUACCAGGGCCGGCUUCACAAUGCUAACCAUUGACGUGGACGCCAUCACGGUCGGCUACCCGUCCAUGUUCGAGCUGAUGUGGGACCUUCAGGGAAUGGCAGAGAACAACGCCGCCGUCAACCGCACUCUGCGGCUCAACCGGGACACCAUGCUGGCGGCGGCGGCCAUCUACCAGGAAAUGUACGGCUCCGUCGACGAGCAGAGCGGUGAAGUGUCGGUGCCGGCGACGUUCGAGGUGCUGCACUUUAUCGCGUGGAAGCCGGGUGCCAGCCAGCCGCGGCCCCUGGAGCGCGGAUCGGGCACCGUGUCCCUCAAGGACCUGGGCUCCGUCAUCGGCGGCGCCAACUGACACUGGCAGACCACAAUGACGCGCUAGUUGUUAUGUUGUGCUUUAGUGACAAUAGAUGCCGACAAUCGAAAAAAAAAAUAGAACGUUUGUGAGUUGCAGCAAGUGAUUUUUUUUGGGAUUUCUGUGUUGACAAAAAAUAGAAUCAAUGAUCAUGGAAGGGGGUCUAUCAAAAUGCAUGUCUACAGCAACGCUAUCGAAGUUGUAAAUUGUCCUAGUCCCAGGGUGAUCGGUAGCACCCAGAUCCCGUGGGGGCCUCACGAGGCUGGCUGAUGGGCGUGGUAUCCGGUGCCAUUCGAGCGGAGCCAUUAAUAGCCGCCUGGGCUAUUUUGGGCGACCAGCGCUCAGGAUAACCGGCCCCCUUCCCCGGUGGGGGGAGGGGGGGGGGACGCCGGCGGCCGGUCUCGGCAGAACCGUCAGUGCCAAAUGGCCGGUCGGUGGGGAAGUGUCGGACUCGAUGGACGCUUGGUAGCCGGAGGUGGACUGUCUGAGUGUGAGCAGAGUGGCGAGUGAGCGGUGUCUGUGAGUUGAGUGAGUGAAUUAGUGAGUUGUGGGGCAGCGAGCGGGUACCUGCACCGGCGGAGGCUCCAGGCAUGUCGUUCCCGAACAAGGCAGCGCGCCAGGCUUGCUGGGACGCCCGCGACCAGUUCUGGGCGUGCCUAGACGCUAACGCCGAGAACGCGGCGCCCUGCAGCCACCUGCGCGAGCUGUACGAAAAGGGCUGCCCCAGCCAAUGGGUUAAACACUUCGACAGGAAACGAAGUUAUGAGAAGUUCAAGGACAAAAUACAGAACCAAGGGUAUGAACCUGUCAAUGAUGACCGGCAAAAGGCGUCAGCCUGAGACGUUAACCCGUCCUGCGCCCUAGUUACUAACUGAUAUACCAUGCAUUGCGAUUGUUGUUUGUUGUACAAUUCUGCUCGCCAUGCGCGUUAGGAUGACCAGGGGAUUCCGCUCGGUUGGACAAUGGGCCCCCCUUCCAACGAAAUGUCAGGUCGGGGUCACGUCUGCGUCGCUCCAUCACCCAUGACCCAACAAAGGCAGAUCGUACUCACCGCACACUGCCGAGAUCCACUGGGCGUGCUCGUGAUCGAUACAUUUCUGACAUGCCAAGAAACGCUACUGAAACCAGUCGGAAGUUUCCGUCUCACCUUGGGACACGCGUGGUAUUUCUGGUGUAGUUUUUCAUGAAAUGCCAGGCGGUUCUAGCACGUGUCCAGUGUCAAUAUUUACGAAUAUCAGAAAUAAACGCCGGGUCACCGCA